GCUCGCAGCUCCGGGGGCCCGGCUUUGCCGCGCUCAGUGCACUUGGGCGAGAGCAGGAACGUGGGACGGAGCUCCGCUCCCAGCGCAGCCACCGCGAUGAGAGGCGCUCGCGGCGCCUGGGAUUUCCUCUUCGUCCUGGUGCUCCUGCUCCGCGUCCAGACAGGCUCUUCUCAACCAUCUGUGAGUCCAGAGGAACUGUCUCCACCAUCCAUCCAUCCAGCAAAAUCAGAGUUAAUUGUCAGUGUCGGCGAUGAGAUUAGGCUGCUAUGCACCGACCCAGGAUUUGUCAAGUGGACUUUUGAGACUCUGGGUCAACUGAGAGAGGAGACAUACCCAGAAUGGAUCACCAAGAAAGCAGAGGCCACAAAUACAGGCAAUUACACGUGCACCAAUGAAGGCGGCUUGAGCGGUUCCAUUUAUGUGUUUGUUAGAGAUCCUGAGAAACUUUUCCUGGUUGAGCUUCCCUUGUACGGGAAGGAAGGCAACGACACGCUGGUCCGCUGUCCUCUGACAGACCCAGAGGUGACCAAUUACUCCCUCACGGGGUGCGAGGGGAAGCCUCUUCCCAAGGACUUGACGUUUGUCGCUGACCCCAAGGCCGGCAUCACGAUCAGGAACGUGAAGCGCGAGUAUCAUCGGCUCUGUCUACACUGCUCAGCGAACCAGGAGGGCAAGUCCGUGCUGUCGAAGAAAUUCACCCUGAAAGUGAGGGCAGCCAUCAGAGCUGUGCCUGUUGUGUCUGUGUCCAAAGCCAGCUAUCUUCUCAGGGAAGGGGAAGAAUUUGCAGUGAUGUGCUUGAUAAAAGACGUGUCUAGCUCUGUGGACUCAAUGUGGAUAAGGGAGAACAGCCAGCAGAGUAAAGAACAGGUGAAGAGGAAUAGCUGGCAUCAGGGUGACUUCAAUUUUCUUCGUCAGGAGAGAUUGACUAUCAGCUCAGCAAGAGUUAAUGAUUCUGGCGUGUUCAUGUGUUAUGCCAAUAAUACUUUUGGAUCAGCAAAUGUCACAACAACCUUAGAAGUAGUAGAUAAAGGAUUCAUUAAUAUCUUCCCUAUGAUGAAUACAACAGUAUUUGUAAACGAUGGCGAGAAUGUGGAUCUGGUUGUUGAGUAUGAGGCAUAUCCCAAACCUGAACACCGACAGUGGGUAUAUAUGAACAGAACUUCCACUGACAAGUGGGAAGAUUACCCCAAGUCUGACAAUGAAAGUAACAUCAGAUAUGUAAGCGAACUUCAUCUAACCAGAUUAAAAGGGACCGAAGGAGGCACUUACACAUUUCUCGUGUCCAAUUCUGAUGCGAAUUCUUCCAUGACAUUUAAUGUUUACGUGAACACAAAGCCAGAAAUCCUGACUCGUGACAGGCUCAUGAAUGGCAUGCUGCAGUGUGUAGCAGCAGGAUUCCCAGAGCCCACCAUUGAUUGGUAUUUUUGUCCAGGAACCGAGCAGAGAUGUUCUGUCCCUGUUGGGCCAGUGGAUGUGCAGAUCCAAAACUCAUCUGUGUCACCGUUUGGAAAACUAGUGGUUUACAGCUCCAUUGAUGACAGCGCCUUUAAGCACAAUGGCACGGUGGAGUGCAGGGCUUACAACGAUGUGGGCAAGAGUUCUGCCUAUUUUAACUUUGCAUUUAAAGGUAACAGCAAAGAACAAAUCCAUGCCCAUACCCUGUUCACGCCUUUGCUGAUUGGUUUUGUGAUCGCAGCUGGUAUGAUGUGUAUCAUCGUGAUGAUUCUUACAUACAAAUAUUUGCAGAAACCCAUGUAUGAAGUACAGUGGAAGGUUGUUGAGGAGAUAAAUGGAAACAAUUAUGUUUACAUAGACCCAACGCAACUUCCUUAUGAUCACAAAUGGGAGUUUCCCAGAAACAGGCUGAGUUUUGGGAAAACCUUGGGUGCCGGCGCCUUCGGGAAGGUUGUUGAGGCCACUGCAUACGGCCUAAUUAAGUCAGAUGCGGCCAUGACUGUUGCUGUGAAGAUGCUCAAACCAAGUGCCCAUUUAACGGAACGAGAAGCCCUAAUGUCUGAACUCAAAGUCUUAAGCUACCUUGGUAAUCAUGUGAAUAUAGUGAAUCUUCUUGGAGCAUGUACCAUUGGAGGGCCUACCCUGGUCAUUACAGAAUAUUGUUGCUACGGUGAUCUUCUGAAUUUUUUGAGAAGAAAGCGUGAUUCAUUUAUUUGCUCAAAGCAGGAAGAUCACGCAGAAGCGGCGCUUUAUAAAAACCUUCUCCAUUCAAAGGAGUCUUCCUGCGGUGAUAGUACUAAUGAGUACAUGGACAUGAAACCCGGAGUUUCUUAUGUUGUACCAACCAAGGCAGACAAAAGGAGAUCUUCAAGAAUAGGUUCAUACAUAGAAAGAGACGUGACUCCUGCCAUCAUGGAAGAUGAUGAGUUGGCCCUAGACCUGGAGGACUUGCUGAGCUUUUCUUACCAGGUGGCAAAGGGCAUGGCAUUCCUCGCCUCGAAGAAUUGUAUUCAUAGAGACCUGGCAGCCAGAAAUAUCCUCCUUACUCAUGGUCGAAUCACAAAGAUUUGUGAUUUUGGUCUAGCCAGAGACAUCAAGAAUGAUUCUAAUUAUGUGGUCAAAGGAAACGCUCGGCUACCUGUGAAGUGGAUGGCACCAGAGAGCAUUUUCAGCUGUGUGUACACGUUUGAAAGUGAUGUCUGGUCCUAUGGGAUUUUUCUGUGGGAGCUGUUCUCUUUAGGAAGCAGCCCCUACCCUGGAAUGCCAGUCGAUUCUAAAUUCUACAAGAUGAUCAAGGAAGGUUUCCGAAUGCUCAGCCCUGAGCACACACCUGCGGAAAUGUAUGACAUCAUGAAGACUUGCUGGGAUGCUGAUCCCCUGAAAAGGCCAACAUUUAAGCAGAUUGUGCAGCUGAUUGAGAAGCAGAUUUCAGAGAGCACCAAUCAUAUUUAUUCCAACUUAGCGAACUGCAGCCCCCAUCGGGAGACCGCCUCGGUGGACCGUUCCGUGCGGAUCAACUCGGUUGGCAGCAGCACAUCCUCCACGCAGCCUCUGCUUGUCCACGAAGAUGUCUGAAGCAGAAUGCGCAUCUGGGGGUUGGGUGGGGGGGACUCCCCGACAAGAACGGCCCCGAUUCUUUUGAUUUUCAUAAUGGUUAUUUUGUUUUCCUUCGACUCGAAUCCUACUCCAGGGUAAUGGACACCCCACUGUACUCCUGUCUUUAUGAGCACACUUUAGUGGCCGAGGACUUCUGUCAUCAGCUACCAUUGAGCUGCAUAUGUUCCCAAUAGCAAGCUAGCCCCCGUUAACCCAAUAACUUCAGACUUGGAGAAAGGGUGGGUGGGAUGGGCUAUAGACACCCUGAGUCCUUCCCAGGGCUUCUCCAAUUUCUGCCUGAAAAGUAUAGUUGAUAGUUUAUUUGAAUACCUGGCAGUAGUCACCUUCAUUCCUCAUAACCAUCCGUAAUGAUACGAUGAUGCAGCAAGACUAGAAACCGAAAGCUCAUCCCUUGAUGUGGAAAACAGAAUGUUAUUCAAAGGGCAGAAACCUAUGAGUAUCUGGGCUCAAGAAAUCUAGUAUUUCAUGCUGGGAGUGAGACGUAGGCCGUGGAAAAAUGCUUUCCAGGCACGAAUGAAGACUGCUGGGUGUGAGCCUUUGUGGUCCUGACCUGUUUUCUAAAUAAGAGUUCACAAUUAGGGAGCUGAAUUGGAGAGAAGGCCUCCCCAGCCUGCAUUUUGUAUAUACUCACCUGUAAAUUGUACAGAUUCACAUAUUUGAGGCGGGAAACCCACAAGGUGUAGUUUCUGGAUACGAUUCUGGCUGGAGUCUGCUGUGUGUAGGAAUAGCUGAAGAGCCAGACAAGUUUGAAGGAAACAGUUAGUGCUUUUUUUUUUUUUUUCUUUUUUUAAAGAAAAUACAUAAUUGCCAAGCACAGUCUUAACAGAGAUCUCCUUUGUAGCCGACGAACUUGCUCUAGAGAUUGUCCAGAACAAGCUGACCAGCUUCAGAAUGGCGUUGUGUUCAGUGGAUUUGAUGCCGUUUGAAAAAGUGACCGAUUUACUGCAUGACUCCGGCAGAAGUGGCAAAACAGUACUGUCUCAGUUGGAUUCUUCUGUAGCCGGAAAUAAACUUGAGAUUCAGCCUCCAUCACAGACACGUCCUAGACACUGGGCCAGUAUCUAUAUAAGUGUGUAUGUGUGCGUGCGUGUGUAUGCUUGUAGACAAAUAUUUUGGGAGUAGUCUUGCCUUGAGCCCAAGAGGGUCCUUCAGUACCCAAGAAGUCGCUUGGCUUUCUUCAGCACAGCUCUUGUUUCACUCCACCUAGCUGUGUAGAGAAGCUUACCAAAAGCUUACGUAGAGGCAUAUAGGAAGUGGAGUGCUUAAGUACCUGUUUAUUUGCAAUCCACCUGCACUUAAGGCACUCUGUUAUUUAUGCUCAACAUACUCUACCUGUUCCUUAGACCUUAUUAAUGCUAUUUUCCCACUGAAACAUAUUUAAAUUUUACACUUUAGGCUGUAGCCUGGAUAUUACCGUUAAGAGUUUACCUUUUUUUUUCCUGCCCAACUGUAAGAGAUCCAUGGGUACAUGGCAAGGUUUGUGUGUUGUCUCGUGAGAUUCAGGUAUGCCGCCCUCACGGUUUUCUCCUCCUAGGUCCCUUAGCUUUCAUUUAGAGAACUGUGGCCAUUUAUCUGGAAGUAACCAUUUGCACUGGAGUUCUAUGCUCUCGCACCUUUCCAAAGGUAACAGGUUGGGGCGUUUUGUUGUCACGUAAGAAGUUGUCGCUGUUUGCCAUACUUUGAAAAUUUCCUUUGUGUUUCUAUUGACUUUGGUUAUAGUAAGAAAAAUGGUUGUUAAUUGUAGAUGUCUAGGUACUUCAGGGGCACUUCACUGAGAGUUUUGUCUUGGGUAUUCUUGAAAGUUUAUAUUUUUAUAAUUUUUUUUUUUUUACAUCCCACGUUUCUUUGGCAGUGGCUUAAUGUUUGAAAUUAUUUUGUGGCUUUUUUUGGUAAAUAUUGAAAUGUAGCAAUAAUGUCUUUUGAAUAUUCCCAAGCCCGUGAGUCCUUGAAAAUAUUUUUUAUAUAUACAGUAAGUAACUUUAUGUGUAAAUAUGUAAGCGGUGCAAGUUUAAAGGAUGUUGAUGUUCUGUAUGUUUUUUCUCUGAUAUGUUGUCCAGUUGUUCACAGUUCUGAAGAAUUCUAAUAAAAGUGUAAAUAUA